AUGCAACUUUCCACAGUCUUGUUUGCCUUCACUUCACUCAUGCCCAUGUUGGUAACGGGCCAAACAAACUCCAACGCAAAUUGCCCGAAAAGCUGGCAAGGAGCGUGUCCCUUUGGCACACCCCGCUGUCUCGGUAUUCGUCAGCCGAACCAGCAAUACUUUUGUGUCGUCAGCUGUCCACGCUCAAGCAGCUGCCCAUCCAAUUGCUCUAAGGCAGGCAAGGGCGGCGGCUGGUGUGGCGCUGACAAUACUGGCUCCCCUAUGGGCCUCUGCAUCUGCGAGAAUGGCCAUGACACUGCCCAUUUCGUUUAA